GACUGUCAUGCGGUGUUUUUGUUUUGAUUUUGUGUUAAAUACUUUGGUUGCAUAAUGUUAUCAGCAGUCCGAUUACAAAUUAAACAAAUUGGCACCCAGUUCAGUCGAUAUCAAAAUUGUAAAACUCCUGUACGAUGGAGGUCCUAUCGUGCUGCUAUUUUGGAAGAGUUCGAUAAACCACUGGUGGUAGCUAAAGUAAAAAAUGAAACACCGCUCGGUAUGUCUAUGAUUCGGAUGAGUGUUGACUUCUGCAGCCUCAACCUAGCUGAUGUCAAUAAAUUAUCCAGUGCCAGUAGUAGCAAUGCCGACGAGACCCUUCUUCCAACGAUUCCCGGUUGUGAAUUUUCGGGAGAAGUGAUUGAAGUGGGUGACUUUGUUGAGGAGAACAUAAGGAAGGGUGAUAAGGUCGUGGCACUUCUAGCUCACGAUCAUCAGAUCGCUGGCGGACUAGCAGAGGAAGUCGUUGUACCGGAAGUGGAUUGCUUUAAUUGUGGUACUGUGUCGACAAAGGAUGCAGCAGUUUUGGUGAAAGCUCACGGGACAGCCUUCCUAGCCUUUACGAAACAUUGUGAACUGAAAGAGAAUGACAUCGUCAUCGUAUUGGCCGGUGCGGCUGGAAACGGGCUGGCUGCUAUUCAAAUUGCUAAAAAUGUUUUUAAAGCAAAAGUGUAUGUCAUCUGCGACACGGACGACACAGGCACAUUAAUACGAGCAGAAGGAGCCCACAAAGCCAUCAGUGUCAAGGAAGGUCUAGCGAAAGUUUAUAAAUUCUUCGACGAAGCGCUGAAGGGUAGAAAGGCCAAGGUCGUGUACGAUGCCGUGGGUGAUGGUUUAUUGUAUGUAGCAGCUGAUUUUGUGGAUCGUGAUAAUGGUAAGGUUUUGUCGGUUGACGCUGCAUACGAUCCGGCCAAAUUUCCGUCAACAAAGCCAAAGGAACAAUUCAGAAAGUCAAAGAAAAGUAAAGAACCAACCGAAGACGAGAAUGCGGAUUGGUUCGUUUCGAAAAUUGAGCACAUCGAUUUGCACAAACUUCAGGAGACUGACAAAGAGUCCUAUCGACAAACGGUAAUGGAUACAUUGGCAUUGUCCGAGGAGGAUCUAAUAACUCCGUACGUUAGCCGAACGUUCGGGUUGAAUGAUGUUAAUGAAGCAGUGAAAUUUGUACGGGAAAAGAAGUGCACCGGAAAAGUGUUGAUCGAUGUGAAAGAGCAAAAAAGUCACAAAGAUGACAAGAAGGACUAACCGAAUGUUGUAAAUGGAAAAAUGAAAGAAAUUAAAUGUCCGCCAUGCAAAUUUGAAA